AUGACGAUGCCAGUCCGGUGGUCCGAUCUCCCCGACGACCUCCUCCAGUUGGUCUACAGCAAGGUCGCCGGCCCGCUCAACCGCGUCCGCUUCGCCGCCGUGUGCAGGUCGUGGCGAGCUUGUGCGAUCACGUCGCCGCAUGCGUCGCCGCCCGUCCUCCCAUGGCUCAUCUUCAUCGACACCCGUGAGGACGUCAACAAGACGAAGGUGUACUGCCCUGAGGAUGGCCGGGUCUUCCGCAUGUCGCUGCCGAGCCAGGCGGUCGGCAAGCGGUUCGUGGGAGCCCAUGAUGGCGGCUGGGUCGCCGUGCUUGGGCACGACAUGCAGCUCGCGGUCGUCAACCUCUUCUCCGAUGUCGAGGUGCCGCUCCCCGCCAAGAACAUGUGCUACCUAGGCGGCUGGUACAACAUUAGAAAGAUUGUCUUUUCGGAAUCCCCCACUUCAAGCGACUGCAUCCUCGCCACCGUCACAUCUGGAAACAAUGUCGCCCUCUGUAGAAUUGGUUGUCCGAACAGGGGAUGGACGGAAAAACAACUCGGGUUGUACCUUGUGGACAUUGUAUUCUGCAACGAACAACUCUAUGGACUCACCAUCUCCGAAGAGCUGAUCAAGUUCGAAAUAGGGGUGGACAAAGAUGGCAGGGCGGUGCUCAGCAGCAAACCGCACGUGAUGUCCAUCCGAGCGCGUCCCGGCGGUAUCACGCAAUUGAACAACAUCAUCGAGUUACACGGCAAGCUAGUGAUGGUGGUUCGAACAUUAUCAGAUGAAGCCUUCCUUGAGCCUUUCUUCAAGGUGUUUGAGCUUGUUAAUGAAUCGACGAUGGCAGAGUACGCUUACAAGUGGGAGGAGUUGGUCUACAGCAGCAAGGUCGCCGGCCCGCUCAACCGCGUCCACUUCGCCGCGGUGUGCAGGUCGUGGCGAGCUUGUGCGAUGACGUCGCCGCAUGCGGCGCCGCCCGUCCUCCCAUGGCUCAUGUUCAGCGACGCCUGCGAGGACGACAACAGGAUGAAGGUGUACUGCCCCGAGGAUGGCCGGGACAAUACUGAUGUUCAGAACAUCUAA